CGGCUGCGCGGGGACCUGGAGCCGGGCUGGGGCGCGGCGCCGGUGGCGGUAGAGUGUGCGCCAGUGUGGGGCGCGCCCAGGGACUGAUGGCGGAAGUGGACCUGGUCGCCGAGUUCCCCAAGCCUGCGGGAGCUGCGCGCUACGCCGAGGUUAUGGCUCGCUUCGCCGCCAGGCUGGGCGCGCAGGGCCGGCGGGUGGUGUUGAUCACGUCCGGCGGCACCAAGGUCCCCCUGGAAGCCCGACCAGUGCGCUUCCUGGACAACUUCAGCAGCGGGCGGCGCGGUGCCACCUCGGCCGAGGCCUUCCUGGCCGCGGGCUACGGGGUCCUGUUCCUGUACCGCGCUCGCUCCGCGUUCCCUUUUGCCCACCGCUUCCCGCCCCAGACCUGGUUGUCGGCGUUGCGGCCCAGCGGCUCAACCCCUUCGGGCUUGCUGAGCCUGGAGGCCGAGGAGAAUGCACUUCCGGGCUUCGCGGCCGCUCUGCGGAGCUACCAGGAGGCUGCGGCUGCCGGCACCUUCCUUGCCGUGGAGUUCUCCACUUUGGCGGACUAUUUGCAUCUGCUGCAGGCUGCGGCCCAGGCGCUCAAUCCGCUGGGCUCUUCUGCGAUGUUUUACCUGGCUGCGGCCGUGUCAGAUUUCUAUGUUCCUGUCUCAGAAAUGCCUGAACACAAGAUCCAGUCAUCUGGGGGCCCACUGCAGAUAACAAUGAAGAUGGUGCCAAAAAUGCUUUCUCCUUUGGUUAAAGACUGGGCUCCCAAAGCAUUUAUAAUUUCCUUUAAGUUGGAGACUGACCCUUCCAUCAUACUUGAUCGUGCACGGAAUGCUUUGGAAGUUUAUCGACAUCAAGUGGUGAUAGCUAAUAGCAUUGAGUCACGACGGUCCUUUGUGGUUAUUCUAACCAAAGACUCAGAAACCAAGAUAUUGCUAUCAGAGGAAGAAGUAGAGAAAGGUGUAGAUAUAGAAGACAAGAUAGUGGAUGAUCUUCAGUCUCGACACACGGCUUUUAUACAUGACAAAAACUGAAGUGAAAAGCCUUUGUAGGAUCAAAGCUUGUUCAGUGGAUCAGGGCUCUUACAAGUGGUGAAAAUAAACCCUUUGCUUUCAUAAAGACAGAGAAAAUGAAGGGAGAAAGCAGUGAGUGGUAUGCAGGUGAAUAUAGUUUGGUAUUUGUCUUUUAAAGGUCAUUUCAUACUCCAUAAAAUGAAAACAAGAGCAAAGCAGUUACGACCAAACCACCUGACACACUCACCUGAUUAUCAUCUGGAUUUUGAAAAUGAACACAAACUGUUGCUCACCUUUAGAAAAAGAGCUCAUUGGGAAUUACAUGCCUCAGCAUAUACAUGUGAGGCCUGAAUAUCAACCUUCUUCAUACUAUGAGAAGGAUUAGGGAUGCAUGAAUGGCCAUGCCUUGAAGAUCAAAUAUUUCUUGAUGCCUACUAUGUGGUAGGUCCUGAGGAUUAUGAAGAUUAAAAAGAUGAAUAAAUAUGUCUCUGUUUGGGAAAUGGAUGUAUGAAUAAUACAGUGCAAUAAAGUAUGUGCCCAAAAGCCAA